CUGUUCAGAGUGUGCGAGCCCCAGUCAUGAAUCCAGAAGAACGCGUUGUGACUUGGCUUAUAUCUUUGGGAGUUUUAGAAUCUCCCAAAAAGACCAUCUGUGAUCCAGAGGAGUUCCUGAAGUCCUCGCUGAAAAAUGGGGUAGUAUUGUGUAAACUCAUCAACAGACUUCUGCCUGGUUCGGUGGAGAAGUAUUGUCUGGAGCCCCAAACUGAGGCCGACUGCAUCAACAACAUCACUGACUUCCUGAAAGGAUGCACACCGCUUCAAGUGGAAGUAUUUGAGCCUGAUGCCCUUUAUUCAGGGGUCAAUUUCUCCAAGGUUCUGAGUACACUUUUAGCUGUCAACAAAGCAACAGAAGACCAGCUAUCAGAAAGACCAUGUGGACGGUCCUCUUCUCUUAGUGCUACCAACAACUCUCCGACAAACCCACAAGCAACAGUUCCCAGCACAACUCCAGCGCAGCAAAGCCAGGCAAAGGCAGUGGAGAUGACGGAAAAUGGAAGUCACCAGUUGAUAGUAAAGGCAAGAUUCAACUUCAAGCAGACUAAUGAAGAUGAAUUGUCCGUUUGUAAAGGGGACAUCAUUUAUGUCACUCGAGUUGAAGAAGGAGGCUGGUGGGAAGGCACAUUAAAUGGGAGGACAGGAUGGUUCCCUAGCAAUUAUGUCCGAGAAAUUAAACCCAGUGAGAGACCUCUGUCCCCUAAAGCUGUCAAAGGAUUUGACACUGCUCCACUUACCAAGAAUUACUACACUGUGGUGUUGCAGAACAUCUUGGAUACUGAAAAAGAAUAUGCCAAAGAACUUCAGUCUCUUCUUGUUACUUACCUAAGACCCUUGCAGUCUGAUAACAACCUGACUACUGUGGAGUUUACAUGUUUAUUGGGGAACUUUGAAGAAGUAUGCACGUUUCAACAGACCCUCUGCCAAGCCCUGGAAGAAUGUUCAAAGGUUCCAGAAAACCAGCACAAAGUGGGAGGCUGUCUACUGAACCUCAUGCCUCAUUUUAAAUCGAUGUACCUGGCUUAUUGUGCAAAUCAUCCUUCAGCUGUCAACGUACUCACCCAGCACAGUGAUGAUCUAGAACGAUUCAUGGAAAAUCAAGGUGCACCAAGCCCUGGUCUCCUUAUUUUAACAACAAGCCUCAGCAAACCAUUCAUGCGACUGGAAAAAUAUGUUACUCUCUUGCAAGAGCUGGAACGACAUAUGGAGGACACUCAUCCGGAUCAUCAAGACAUUCUGAAAGCAAUCGUAUCAUUCAAAGCACUCAUGGGGCAGUGCCAAGAACUGCGAAAGAGAAAACAACUGGAAUUGCAGAUCCUUUCAGAACCUAUUCAGGCAUGGGAAGGAGAUGAUAUUAAGACCCUGGGAAAUGUGAUCUUUAUGUCACAAGUAAUGGUGCAGUAUGGAACCUGUGAUGAAAAAGAGGAACGGUAUUUCAUGCUGUUUUCAAAUGCCUUGAUCAUGUUGUCUGCAAGUCCUCGGAUGAGUGGCUUUAUCUACCAGGGAAAAAUACCAAUAGCAGGGAUGGUGGUGACUAGAUUAGAUGAAAUUGAAGGGAAUGACUGCACAUUUGAAAUCACAGGUAACGUGAUAGAGAGAAUUGUUGUCUGUUGCAACAAUAACCAGGACUUCCAGGAAUGGCUGGAGCAGCUGAACAGACUGACCAGAGGACCAGCCUCUUGCAGUUCAUUAUCUAAGACAUCAUCAUCAUCAUGUAGUACUCAAUCUUCUUUUAGCUCUACUGGACAGCCCCGAGGACCCUUGGAGCCUCCUCAAAUUAUAAAACCGUGGAGUUUAAGUUGCCUACGACCUGCACCUCCACUUAGACCAUCAGCAGCUCUAGGUUAUAAAGAGAGGAUGUCUUAUAUCUUAAAGGAAUCUAGUAAGAGCCCCAAGACGAUGAAGAAGUUUCUUCACAAAAGAAAGACUGAGCGAAAAGCAUCUGAGGAAGAAUACGUGAUUAGAAAAAGUACAGCCGCUCUGGAAGAGGAUGCUCAGAUCCUUAAGGUGAUCGAAGCCUACUGCACAAGCGCCAAUUUUCAACAAGGUACUCGUAAAGAUUCUGUCCCACAGUUACUACUCCCUGAGGAAGAGAAACUCAUUAUUGAAGAAACCAGAAGCAACGGGCAGACCAUCAUUGAAGAAAAGAGCCUUGUUGAUACUGUUUAUGCCUUGAAGGAUGAGGUCAAAGAACUGAAACAGGAGAAUAAGAGAAUGAAGCAAUGCCUGGAAGAAGAAUUGAAGUCGAGGAAGGACCUAGAAAAGCUGGUCCGGAAGCUGUUGAAGCAAACAGACGAAUGCAUUCGAGCUGAAUCCAGCACCAAGUCCCCUAUUCUCCCAUAAGCAUCAUUGUGCAGCUGAGCCCAGGCCUUCAGCACUUGUUGAAAUGGCCAGCUGAAUGAUUUGACUGUGCACCUCAGUUUUUGCUUUGUGUUGGGAUCUGUCUCCACCCUCCCUCUCCCUCCUCCCCACCUUUGUUUGCUUGAGUGUUCAUUACUUGGCUAUCGGUUGACUGAUACUUGUUUUAAUAGGGGAAACAACCUAAGUGGUGAUAAAAUGGCCCCAAUACUUUGCUAUGCCCAACAGCCCUUUACUACCUAAUUAGCUGGAGGCAAAGCUAAUUCACAGGCUGUGUCUAGAGUAGAUGAAACAACACCUUUGCCCAAUGAUCCAGCUCUCCUUCCCUGGGCUGUCUCAUGGCCCCCUUCAACACUUUAAAAAUUCUUGCCCUGUGUUGUCUGUUAAUACCAAGAGCAGUGUAAUGCCCUUAUUCCCUUUGUGCUGGUAUACAUUUAAAGGCAGUGGUGUAGGAACUCCAACUGUCCACACCAACACUCAGUCCAUCAGUAGACUGCUUCAGGCACCCCUGCCCCCGCCCCCAGCAGCAGGGCAGAGCAGCUAUUCGUAGUGCACUGUAGCUUGAUGCCCAGCCUUCUGCCUCUACAUCAGUUUUCUACCUCCCCCUAACCUCUGUGCUUUUAGCCAGCUAUACCAGGUGGUGUUUAAAGUAAUGUGAAUGUGCUUUGCUUAUUUUGUCGGUUACUAUGAGCAGUGACUUUACCUUGGAUAUUCAAACUCCAACCUUUUCACCUUUCUAAACAACCUGGGUGACUAGACACCAUGCUGUAGUACACAUCUUCCAUCCCAUCUUCCCAAGCUCUGGUUUCUGCAGUGAGAAGUUAGAAUUAUCAUUGAUGUCUUUGCUGGUGGCUUUGAAUACGAUGAGCCAGGUAGUAAAUCCUGAGUGAAAGGGCCUCUCCACUAGCUGUGCUGCUUGCUAGUGAAGCAGACGGUCUGAAACUAGUUUGCACAACUUGUUUAUAAUGACAAACCAUUGACUUUGUAAGUAGUUCAGAAAUAUGAACUGCGAGGAAGCAGAUUCAGUAGACAGCCCCAGAAGAACAGUGUGUACAAGUCAAAAUGGGCCAAGGCUACAGGAUGGAGCAGCACAGCUCUUGCCUACCCCCUCAGGUGGCAGGGCAACUUGGCCAGAUGGCAAAGUCACUUUUAGGAGAGGCAGAAA